AUGUCCAAGUUCAGUAUCAGUGUACUGCUGUUGAUGUUCUCGUGUGGGGUCAUCAUAGCUGAUGAUGUUACUGAUGGUACAGAGCUGCUCUUUUCAUUACUGAUUCAUCGUCAUGGAGAUAGGACUCCCAUUGAGUUUAGUUUGCUCUUAAGCAAUGACCCUAUUACUUUGGUAGCACUGUCGGCUCCGUACGGAUAUGGCCAGCUCACUGAUGCUGGAAAAAUUCGUGCGUUCGCAUUGGGAGAUUAUAUAGGCCGUAGAUACAGUGAACUACUAGCUCCUAGAUACAACCGUAGUGAAGUGUACAUCAGAUCAACUGAUUCCACUCGCACCAAGAUGACCAUCCUCACAGCUCUAGCUUCUAUCUACUGGCCUGCUGAGGGUACUGGAUGGAGUGACAAAAUCAAUUGGGAACCUGUCCCUUAUACUACUGUGCCUGCUAAAUAUGAUUUUAAUCAAGGCACAGUGAAUUGUCCAACAUUCACUAAUUACGUGACAGCAGCAAUGUUCACUCCUUACCCUGAAUUGUCAGAAAGAUACAGUGAGAUACUCGCUUUGUUGUCAAGCAAGCUUGGCUACAACAUCUCAAAUGUUCCUCUUAUUGUAUUCGCUAUAUAUGACGUUUAUGUUUCUCAGCUAAGUUUAGGACUUGCCAUUGACGACGAUGUAGCAGCCGUCCUCGAUCAGAUUGAAGAACUUGCUGGCAUCUCAUUCGAUUUAUUGUAUGGCAGUGACAACUAUAAGAAAUAUCAGGCUGGUGUCCUUCUCAACGAGUUCUACACUUACUCAGCUCAAGCUAUUGCUGGAGUCGAUACCCAAAGACUGAGGAUUUAUUCAGCUCAUGACGUCAAUGUAUAUGCCUUCGAAGCUGUUACAGAAAUUGAGAACAGACAGGGCGCACCUAAAUACGCAUCGGCUUAUAGUUUGGAAGUUAGAAGAGUUACAGAAACUGGUGAAAUUGUUGUAUUGCCGGUAUACCAACCAACUCCAGGUACACCAGAAAUCUACUUGCAAGUCAAGGGAUGUGGUGAUGUACUCUGCAAUUACGAUCGUUUCGUUGAGAUUACCAGCAGCAACGCUUUGGACGAAGACACCUGGAGGAUCGAGUGUGGAUUCACCGAUGACCUCGUCAUUGACGAUUCAUCUGUCGACUAA